AGGCUCGGGAAGGUACCCGAGCAUUCGUGCCUAAUCCCGUGAAGAGUCCAAUUCAAUUUAGGCUUCUUUUGGUGUUGCUUUGUGUGGUAGACGAGAGAGAAAUGUCUUGCAGCGGAGGGAACUGUGGGUGCGGAUCCAGCUGCAGCUGUGGCAGCGGCUGUGGAGGAUGCAGGAAGCUUACUGACCUGGGUGAGGAGAGGAGCAGCACCUCGCAGACCAUGAUCAUGGGGGUUGCACCUCAGAAGGGGCACUUUGAGGAGCUUGAGACGGCCGCUGGGUCCGAGAACGGGUGCAAGUGCGGCUCCAACUGCACCUGCGACCCCUGCAACUGCAAGUGACAAGCUUUAGCGGUUUGGAGGAAGGAAGGAGAGAGAGAGACGGAGCAUGAGUGCUGGUGUUGGUCUCUGUGGUGCUUCCUAGUUUGUGUCUAGAGAGUGAGUCCUACUACUGCUAUAAAAUAAGAUGAUAUGGUUGGCUGAUGUAUGAGAAAGAACACCUCUCUCUCUUCCUCGUUUUAGAUUGUAGUUGUGGAUGUAUGACUCUUGACUCUGUGUUCUAAGAUAAUUACUAUGUGAAUGCAAUCU